AUGAGUCAGGACGCCGCGGAGCAGAACAUACAGAUGUGGAAGGUUAAAAAGCUCAUUAAGAGCCUUGAUUCCGCCAGAGGAGCUGGCACUUCCAUGAUCAGUCUUAUAAUCCCCCCAAAGGAUCAGAUCUCACGUGCCUCUGCCAUGUUAACUCAAGAAUAUGGUACUGCUUCAAAUAUUAAAUCCCGAGUCAAUCGUCUGUCCGUGCUGGCCGCCAUUACCAGUACGCAGCAGCGUCUGAAGCUAUAUAAUCGUGUACCGCCCAAUGGUCUCGUGCUGUUCGUUGGAACCAUUCUCACGGACGAAGGAAAAGAGAAGAAGGUUUCAUUCGAUUUUGAGCCCCACAAACCCAUCAACACCUCGCUUUAUCUCUGCGACAACAAAUUUCACACAGAGGCGCUGUCCGAACUUUUGGAAUCUGACUCCCGCUUCGGUUUCAUCGUCAUGGAUGGUAACGGUACUCUUUUCGGAGUGCUCGCCGGUAACACCCGUGAAGUGACCCACAAGUUCACCGUCGAUCUUCCGAAGAAGCAUGGACGUGGUGGACAGUCUGCCCUUCGUUUCUCCCGUCUUCGUGACGAAAAACGCCAUAAUUACGUCCGAAAGGUUGCUGAGCUGGCCGUUCAACAUUUCAUCACCAACGACAAGGUCAACGUGACUGGUCUGGUUCUCGCCGGCAGUGCGGACUUCAAAACUGAGCUCAGUCAGAGCGACAUGUUCGAUCAGAGACUUGCUGCUAAAAUUAUCAAAGUCGUUGAUGUAAGUUAUGGUGGCGAGAAUGGUUUUAAUCAGGCAAUCGAACUUGCCGCUGAAUCGCUUGCCAACGUCAAAUUUGUUCAAGAGAAACGUCUUAUACAAAAGUACUUUGAUGAAAUCAGUCAAGACACUGGAAGGUACUGCUUUGGAAUCGACGACACCUUGAAGGCGCUCGAACUUGGUGCUGUUGAGACUCUGAUUGUCUGGGAGAAUCUUGAUAUUACGCGUUACAUUCUCCGCAACGCUGCAGGAGAGGAGAUCAUCAUCCACGCAUACAAAGAUCAGCAGAAGGACCGCGAAAAGUUUAUAGACAAAUCGACUGGACUCGAGAUGGAGCAGGCCGAAGAACCUCAAGCCCUUCUCGAAUGGUUUGCAGAGAAAUACAAAGAUUUUGGAGCAGCGCUCGAGUUCGUGACCAACCGUUCACAAGAGGGAGCCCAAUUCGUCAAGGGUUUUGGUGGUAUAGGUGGCUUGCUUCGAUACAAGGUUGACUUCAACAACCUUACAUCGGUUGAUGAAGACGACGACGACGAGUUCUACUCCGAUGAGGACGUCAUCUGA